AUGCAUGCAUCAGCUCUGAAGGGGGGAUACAUAUUCACCAGUUCAGAGGGGGGCGAAGCGCCUCCCCAAGGCUUCCACCGAAAGGGAAGCAGCAGACACCACGAACCAGCAGCAGCAGCAGCAGCAGCAGCAGCUGCAGCAGGAGCAGCAGCAGGAGCAGCAGGAGCAGCGUGCGUGCUGACUGCCAUGAGUCUGUGGGGGCCCCCGGCAGCUGCGCAUACACCUGAAGAGCCGCUGCUGCUGCUGCUGCACCCGGAGAGCCAGCGAGGUGUAUAUGCAGCUAAACCCCCUUUAACACAGGACUCCACACAACUCUCGCAGCAGCAGCAGCAGCAGCAGCAGCAGUGGGUGCAGCCCUCACAGACAGAAGAGCCCAACCUCUGCAGGCGGAGAAGGUCUCAUCUUUCUGCUGCUAGUCAGGACAGCACUGUUGCAGUUGCUACUCCUGCUGCUGCUGCUGCUGCUGGGUGGCAGCAGCAGCAGCACCGGCAGCAGCUGCUGCCUCUAUGGGAGAGGCUCUGUCAUGACUCACAGCUCUCUUCGCAGCAGCAGCAGCAGCAGCAACAGGACGAGGCCCCUUGGCUAAUUGAAGAGACAUUUGCUGCUUAUCCGUUGGAAGCUCCAGCUGCUGCAGCAGAUGCAGCAGCAGAUGCGGCAGCAACAGCAGCAGAUACGGCAGCUGCAGCAGCAGCAGCUGUUGCUCAGGCAGAAGAUAUAACGGAUGCACCGACAGCUGAUGCAGCAACAGCAGCAGAAACUGACGCACCAGCGUCAGCAGCAGCAGCUGCUGCUGCUGCAGCAACUGCUGCAGCAGCAACAGAGGGAGCAGCAACAGCGGCUCACAUAGACUGCCCAGCAGCAGCAGCACCGCAGGCUGCUGCAGCUGCAGCUACAACAUCCGCCCCAGAAGGACCCGGCAGCGCAGCAGCAACAACUGCAGCAGCAGCAGCAGCAGAAGCAGCAGCAGCAGCAGCAACAGCAGCAACAGCAGCAGCAGCUGGGGAUUAUGAAUCAGACAGCGACUCUCAAGCAACAGUUGUGCUGCACUCGCAGGAGCUGCUGCAGGGUGCAUGUACACCUCAAGCAGGGUCUUCUGCAGCAGCAGCAGCAGAAGCAGCAGCAGAAGCAGAAGCAACAGCGCAAGCAGCAGCAGCAAAUGCAGCAGCAGAAGCGGAGGACGACGUGGCGGCAGCAGCAGACUUGCGUGUCUCUCCUUUAGCUGCAAGUCUGCAUGCAGCAGCAGCGGCAACAGCAGCAGCAGCAACAGCAGCAGCAGCAACAACUGCAGCAGCAACAGCAACUGCAGCUGCAGCAGCAGCAACUGCAGCAAACACUCCUGCGACUUCUCAGGUGUCAAAGGAGCCUGUAGUAGCAGCAGCAGCAGCACGUGCAGGAACAGCAGCAGCAGCAACAGCAGCAACAGAAGCAGCGACAGCUGCACGAACAGCUGCACCAAGAGAAGCAGCAACAGCAGCACCAACACCAACAAGCGCAGCAAGAGGCCUUCAGCAACAGCAGCAGCAACAGCAGCAGCAGCAACCGCAGCCGCAGCAGCAGCAGCAACCGCAGCAGCAGCAGCAGCAGCAGCAGCAGCAGGGACUGUCUCCUGUCGCUCUUAGUGCUGCAGACUGGGAUGACCUCGAUGAAGCCCUUGACUGGGCCUUGUCGCAGGCUAAGGAAGAAAGCCAAGCCUUCAAUCCUGCUGCUUCUGCUGCUGCUGCUGCUGCUGCUGCACCUCGUGCUGCUGCUGCUGCUGCUGCUGCAUUUACUCAGGAUGAGGCGCCAGCGGCUCCACACACACCCGCUUCAUUCUGGGGGGGACAUAGUCAACAGCAGCAGCAGCAGCAACAGCAGCAGCAACAGCAGCAGUGGGUUCAACAGCCAUCCUGUCAGCCUGUGCAGCAGCAGCAACAGCAGCAGCAGCAGCAGCUGCAGCUGCAGGACCCUGGCGUCUCCUGCCCCCAACGCGCAAUCGCACCUCAGGAGCCCCAGUGGGGUCACCAUCCUCAUCAUCAGCAGCAGCAACAGCUGCAGCAGCAGCAGCAGCAGCAGCAGCAGCAACAGCAGCAGCAGCAGCAGCAGCAGCAGCAACGGCUGUGGGAGAGCAGUUCAAUGACGCCUAUAAAGCGAUUAGCAGCAUCACUUAGCAGCGCGUCCUCUGGGGGCCCCACACCUUCGCCUCCGAAGCAGCAAAAGCUGCAGCAGCAGCAGCAGCAGCAGCAGCAGCAAGAGCAGCAGCAACACGGGGUUGACGGCAACAGCAACAGCAACCCAGCCCCCACCGACCCUAGCAGCAACAGCAGCAGCAGCAGCAACAACAACAGCAGCAACAAGAACACCAACAGCAGCAGCAGCAGCAGCAGCAGCAGCAGCAGCAGCAGCGACGACUGGUGCUCUGAUGCUGCCUUCCUGCAGCAGCUGCUAACCCCAGAGGGCGCAGCGCAGAUAUUUGGGAAUGAAAAAGAAAGCGUUUAUUCGCGUUUGUUUUCUUGA